UGGUAUUAAUGAAUCAGCCGCUGUUUCACGGGUCCCGGGACAGUAUUCCCGUGUUUCAAUGUGGCCCCACUGGGUCAAUGGGUUCGUAAUGAAUCUACUUUGGUCACAUUGAACACACGCUUUUAAUUCGGGGAUAAUCGCAUUCUUUGGAUUUUUCAUUUUCAUAAAUAAAAAUAAAAUAAAAUGGGUCUAAACUCGGAGAACUUCUGGCAAAACCUCUUGGAACAUGUGGCGCAGGCCGCAGCCAUUCAGGAGAAUUCGAAGCUAAGCGAAAUCAUAAAAAACGAUUUAAAGAAGACAUUGCAGUGGAAAUUCCCCCUAAAUAUGCCGUUCGAGGUGAGAUUGUUUGGCUCUCGCAUAAUGGGCGUGGGCAGCUUCGAAUCGGAUUUAGAUAUUUUGGUAGUUUUAGGCAACUCUUGUGAUGUAUAUAACGAGAAGCUUACCCCGAAAGUGAUGUCGAAUCUGGACAGGAUCACGAACGCGAUCCUAGAGAAUGGAUCUGAUUGGGAUCUUAAAAAAGUGAAUGACCGAUAUUUUCCACUCGUCACUGUCCUGCAUAAGGGGACGAACAUCAAAUGCGACAUCAAUUUCCUCAACAGCAUGUCCUGUGAUCAGAACCAAUUGGUCAACUACAUCUUCAAGCUGCAGCCCAUGGCUCGCUACAUGGUGAUAUUUCUGCGUGCCUGGUCCCAAGAGCACGGCAUCAAAAAAUACUUUCGCAGCCACAUCUUCAUAUUGCUGGUGAUAUUCUUCCUGCAAGUGCAGGGCCAUCUACCAGCCGUUAAAGAACUUCAGGCAGGUCUUCUUCCCAAUAUCCCACCAUGGACAUCCAAUUUUAACGAAUUUCCAUUGUCAACGUUUGGCAUGAAGGAAAUUGAAGUGAACGAAAACCAAACACGCCAGAUCUUAUUCGAAUUCUUUAAGUAUUAUUCCACAUUUGCUUUUGACGAGUUCGUUGUGUGCCCCUACCUGGGAAAAUGCAUUUUUCGCAGAAAGAUAAAGGAGACAAUUCGCGUAUGGUACCGCCAAGAUCCGUUGAGAACUGCUGUGUUCAUACAAGACCUGAUACUCUUGGUCGACAACAAAGGAUUCCGAAUAAAUGCGCAGUAUUUAAGGGAGUUUCAGCACCAGUGCAGCUUGGAAUGAAACCGAUUUGAAUUAAUUACGCUGUCCACAAAUUGUCUACGGGAACACCUUUGCGGCCUUUCAUUCCGGAUAGGAUUGAUACGAAACCCGGCGAACUUCUUCUCAGAUGGAACUCUUUCCUUAGAUUUUAAAAUAUUCAAAAUAUCCACAAUAAAAUGGAUUAACCACAGAGAUUUUAU